CUUUGAACCUUUCCUUAAUUUUCCCCCUCUCCCUCUCUGCCGCUUCAAACCUCUCGCCGGAAAAUCUCGACUCUCCGAUCACCGUCCCUACAAGCCCCCUCCGUUCCAGGCGAACCUCUCCCCCUCGCCACGCUGCCUCGCGAUUUGAUUUCUCGAAGAAUCAAAGCUCUAAAACAUCCCCUCGGUAUGAAAUUUUCGGUUAGAUUCAUUGAAUUUUUGUAUAUACGGAGGGAGAGAUUUGGAUGAGCAGUGAAUACCUGGAACGUGUCUUCAAUAUGAGAGACAAAACCCGGUUCAAUGACAUGGAUCACUCACACCUCGGAUUCAUUUUCCUCUUCAAUUUUCUAUUACUGCAUUUCAUCGGUUUAUCGUUAAUUCCAAGUUUCCAACAUAAGGGAUGUGUUAGGCUUGAUUUUCUAUCCAUAUAUGGUUCUGAGUUCUGUCCCUGGUUUCUAAUUUUUAACACUGUAAAAUUCAUGGGGAUGGACAAUGAUCCUUCGUCCACGUGGACCUCCAUGUCUUUUUCCCACAUCUCCCUCAAGAACAUCACCACCUGCAAGCUUCAACCUUCGAAUAAUAGAACCUUAUAAGUUAUAAUAUUAAGCUCUCAGAAUCAACUAAUAUUUACUUAAAUCUUUCACAAAAACUUAGAGACUGGACAACCAAUACAGUACAAUAAUUAUAGUAAAGUAAGUAAAUUUCAGGAGCUUAUAUUAGGAAAUUGAUGAUGCAUUAUUGCAUUUUAGUGCUUAGUUGUUACAGUGUUGUUGGUUUUGAAGUUGACCCGUUUCAAGCCCAAUCGACCAUGGCAGUCCCGUGAGAAAGGACCACACCAAAGAAAGAAACUGAAAGCCAGUUUGUACACCACCCCUCUCUUCCCCCUUUCCCUUUCUCUCUUUUCUCUCUCUUAUCCUACACCUUCAUCUCUCCACUCUCUCCGCCCUUUCCUAGGGUACCCCCCCCCCCUUUACCCUACACCACCCUUCAUCACAGUUAUAAUUUGGUGGGUAAUCAACAACUCUAACCUCUCCCAUUCCUGAUAACCGUCAGUGACACCGACUCUCCGUAAAUCGCUGUGCCCACAAAUGUUGUGUGCCCUCCUCAAUUCCCUGACCUUAUCACCCUCCCCUCCUGGAUUUGGGUCUCUAAUUAUUCGCUGUAACUGUGGAAUUGAUUCCCAAUUGGAUCUGAGCCUCUGUAAAGAUAUUUAUUGCAGAGAAAAGUAUCAAUCUUUGAAGCAGCAUUGGAAUUUACGGGUUUGAUUUUGGUGAAGAGAGAGCAGCGAUCAAUGUGAUGCUCUGAUUUCAUGGAUGUAGGUGAAUCUGAGCGCAGGCCACCGUUGGUUCCCGCCGAAAAGUACAAUGCACCUUCUUCACUCGCCUCCUCCACGCGCCGCCCUCGAAUCCGGGAAGUUAGCUCCCGUUACAAGUCACCUACUCCCUCCCGCCCUAGCUCAACCGCCGGACGCGCUCCAUCUCCGAGUGUUUCGAGGACGCCGCGGUCUCCCUCAUCUUUGGCGCCAAAGAGAUCACUGUCGGCCGACCGGAGAAGGCCCGCCACGCCUCCCUCGCCGUCGCCGCCGGCGUGUCCAUCGACGCCGGUGAAGGAUUCUGCGGCUGAUGUUUCGUCGAGAAGAAAUGGCCGGUUGGCUGAUGGUGGUUUGUGGCCUUCGACGAUGAGGAGUUUGAGUGUUUCAUUUCAAUCUGAUUCGAUUUCGAUUCCUGUUAGUAAGAAGGAGAAGCCUGUCACUAGUGCUUUGUCGGAUCGGACACUGCGAUCGUCGUCCAAUGUGGCUCAUAGACAGGCUGAGGGAGCUCCGAGGAAGCUCACGCCGGAGAGGAAAAGGAGCCCGCUUAGAGGGAAGAAUGUGUCUGAUCAAUCGGAGAAUUCUAAACCGGUGGACAGCUUGCAUUCUAGAUUGAUAGAUCAGCAUCGGUGGCCUAGUAGAAUAGGUGGCAAAGUAUCUUCAAAUUCCAAUUCCAAUUCGUUAAAUAGAAGCAUGGAUCUUGGUCCUAGGAUCCUUAAGCUUGCGACACCAGCUCCCGGAGUUGGUGUGCCUAUGCUGAGGCGAAUGCCUGCAGCUGAUGGAUUGGGAAAGCCGGUACAGAAAUCGGGUGGUGAUGCUGCGAUGUUAUCAUCAGUCCAUGGACUUGGUAGAGCAAAUUCAGCUGAUGAUAGUACACUGCAUAAGCUUGUGUCUAAUAGGCUUUCAGAGAGGUUGUCAAGUGGAACUCCUAAAGUCAGAUCCCUAUCGCGACCGUCCUCUCCCAAUAAGGCCUCAUUGUUCUCGCCUUCUGUUUCAAGGGGUGCCAGUCCCUCUCGGUCUUCAAGACCCUCUACUCCUCCUUCUAGAGGAGUUAGUCCAUCGAAGGCGAGGGUUUCGAGUGCUUCUUGUCAAUCAAGCAGUGCGACUUCUGUGCUUAGUUUCAUUGCUGAUUUCAAGGGGAAAAAGAGUGCAGCUUACAUUGAAGAUGCCCAUCAGCUGCGGCUACUUCACAAUAGAUUUUUGCAGUGGAGAUUUGCUAAUGCCAGGGCAGAGGCUGUACUUUAUAUUCAGAAAGUAACUGCAGAGAGAACUCUGUUGAAUGUGUGGAACGCUACACUAAGUUUGUGGGAUUUAGUAAUCAGGAAAAGAAUCAAACUCCAGCAGUUAAAUCUUGAGCAAAAGCUGAAGUCAGUAUUGAAUGAUCAGAUGGACUACCUUGAUGACUGGGCUUUACUUGAAAGAGAUCAUAUUGCUGCUUUCUCCGGGGCUAUGGAAGAUUUGGAGGCAAGCACUCUCCGGCUUCCAGUAACUGGAGGGGCAAGGACGGAUAUUGACUCUUUGAAGGUAGCUAUCUGGUCAGCUGUUGAUGUGAUGCAAGCAAUGGGGUCCUCCAUAUGCUCUUUGCUCUCAAGGGUGGAGGGGGUGAAUGGUUUGGUUUCAGAACUUGCUGUUGUAGCAGCGCAAGAGAAAGCCAUGCUUGACGAAUGUGAAGCAUUGCUGGCCUCAGCAGCAGCUAUGCAGGUAGAGGAAUACAGCCUUACGACGCAACUCAUACAAAUGAAACAAGAUUGGAACUGCCAGCAGCCAAUUUUGGCAACCGAGACACCUCCUUGACCCUGACUAGCCUCUAAGCUAAUCACACAAGCUUCCCAAUUCCGAACGGAUACAUACUCGAGCUGAGAUAAAAGUGUCUCCUCGGUUCCCCUGUGAAUAAUGUAAAUUGUGUUUUAAGCCGUGAUAUGUCAA